AUGGCCCCCCCACCCCCCGCCAGGGGGUACCUACUGGGUACCCUCAGCAAGACGUCUGAGGGUACCCACGAUCUUAUCCGACACUCCGGCCCUGUGCAUCCAACGACGUCGAAAACUGCAGGCCCGCUUGCCUGGUGGAGCUCAGACGCAUCCAAGGAUCGGGAGGCCGAAGGCAUUGCGCGCCUUGGCCGGAUUUAUGCAUUUCGACAAACAAUCCAUCCGGGUGAACAAUACGAAGCAACAUGUGCGUCUUCCCGUGGAUCACUUACUGACCCAUCCCACCUGCGUUACGAACUGUAUAUUCAUCGAGAUGGGCAUUCCUCAUGCACCUGUCCUGGCUUUCAACGUCACGGAGGAGCCUGCAAGCAUCUGCGCGCCUUCCGACUGGUCAUUAACGAUUGGGUUGCACAUGGUGUUACGAAGCCAUUCUACUAUCCUCCUGACCUCGCUUCCGUGCGAAGCUUUCACUCCCAUGCGACCGGAUCAGACUUGGUCAAUGCGGCAGAAACGGUCUCUGUUCUCCAGAACGUACUUGCCUUGAAGCAGAUGGCCGGACCAGAGAUUUCUGAGGAGGACGAGGAAUUCGAAGUGAACAACUCGGAGAUGGGAGGAGAAGCUGAGAUUUCGAAAAGCGAGCCUGUGCCAGCGGCCCUUGGAAUCCGACCGUCGACUCCCAGCUCCGAAUCGCGUUAUGGCCCUGCUUGCUGCUGGACACGCACCCAAGCUGAUGUGCUUCUGCCGUAA